AUGGUCAACGGAUUUUUGAAUCGCGAAUGGCGGCAUGAACAUAUUCCACAUACAGUUCCAGAAGUAAAAGAAGCGAUUCAAGGUGAAUUUUUUUGAGAAAAAAACUAGAUAUUUUGAAAUUUUUAGCAUCUGGAUAAUGAUUGAUGUUUUUGAACAUUUUUACUAAAAAUAUGAGAUUUUUCUCUAAUAUUUGAACUAACAAAAAUCACUGAAAUUUUAAGUUUUAUAUACUCAGAAAAUUCCUAAAAAUCUUCAAGCACUGAAAAUGUAUAAUUUUCAAUUGUAAAAGUUUAGGUUCCUUUAAACUCCCUGAACAUAUUGAUACAAUCUGAAAAACUCUAAAAUGUUCCAAGAAAAAAUCUCAAAUUCCCUUUUUUUACUUGAAAAAAUAAAUGUUUCAUCAUUUUUUUUAAAUAAAAAAUAUCCAUCCCGCGAAAAUUAUAUAAAGUUCAUAUUUCCCGCCAGAAAACUACUUUUUUUAAACCAAACUACAUACACAAUUUUUCGCAACAUUUUCAUCGAUUUUUUCUCCAUUUUUCUGUUUUUUUUUUGCCCCGCUUCUGCUCGUUUCUCUAUUUUUUUAGUUGUUUACCACAUUUUCUAUUGACCGCCGGCGUCUCGCACUUUUUCUCUGCACUCUCUUAUUUCCACCUGCUCUCUAGCCUCCGAGAUGUUCUCAAUUUCCCACUUUUUCGUGUUUUUUCGUUGUUUGUGUGACUUUUUAGUUUGAUUUUUUUGCGCGGUCUUACGAUUAUUCAACAAAAAAAAAGAAAGUUUGCAGAACUCGUCGAUAAACAUCACUGUCGUUUGAGACCCUACGAAACAAUGCCAUUUUGGACAACUCAAGUAAGCUUUUUGAAGGGAGUUUGAAUUUUCUUGACAUUUGGACUGGGAAACUUGAAAAAAUGGAAAAUUCGAAUUGAAUUCUUGAAAUUCAAAAUGAUGCGAAAAUCUGACGGAAUAUAUAAUUUUUCAUAAAAAUGGCACUGCUAUAGAAAACCAAAUGAAAAAAUUCGGACUUUGCAUGAGAAAUUGAGAAAUUUUUGCUAGAAAACUGAAAAACUACUCGAUUGGCUUUGAAUAAUUUGUGCCUAAAACUUUUCAGAAGAUUUAAAAAUUGAAGCAUAUUAAUGAAGUGUUCAAGAUUUCCAGGGAAAGAUUUUAGCACCAAAAACCCGCCUGAUUUUAUUUUCAGGACACUCGCAACGCCAUUUUCUCCACUUUGAUUCCAGCCGGAGCUGCGACCACUGCUUUUUUGGUUUUCGCCAAAGAUCAAGUUUCCACUGAUUGGUGGUCGGUAAGUACUUACUUAAGUUAUGAAAACUAUGGAUUUUAAAAAGUGAUUCCAAAAGAGAAAAUACGCUCUAGCGAACUAUGUUUCGAAAUUCUCGUUUAACCCCAAAAAAUCAUGAUUUUUACGUAAAAAUCAACAAUUUUUCACUGAAAAAAUCAAUUGCAGGCUGUCAAAAAACCCGAAUGGGCUCCAAAAGAUGUUCGAAUUUAUUCGGCCAUUGAUUUAUUGACAAUGUCACCAUUAGGCUACGCCUCGUAUUUGGUCUAUAAAAAUGGUGGCGGUUUUGACUACAAUGAUACACGAUUGGCUUUGGGAUUGUAUGGUGCCAAUAUUUUGGUGGCAUUGGCCACAAUUCCAAUUAUUAAGAAGAAGGAAUUGGGAUGUGUGAGUUUUUUUAGUUGAAGUUUUGGAAAAAUUAUGAAAUUUUAGUCCGGAAGCUUGAAAAUCUCAAGUUUUGUGUUUGAAAAUUCAGAAUUUUUGCAGCUCUGGAAAAAUACUGCCUUGGUCAGUUUGACUGCCGCUGGAGCCGCCUACACUUUUUAUAACGUGAGUUUGAAGGCUUAUCGAGAAUCCUAAUCAAACUCCAAUAUUUGUUUGCAGAUUGACAAAAAGGCCGGUCUUCUCUUGAUUCCUUAUGCAAUCUGGACCGGAUUUUACGCCUAUUUGACAUAUUCGAUCAAAAAAGAGAAUGACCCAAUCAAAAAUUUGUAA